AAGCUUCUCUUGAACCUGAAUGAUGUUUACCAUGCCUUGAUAAUCAUCCAAGCUUCGAUUUGCUUGUUGUAUGUUGUUUUCAACCCAGAUCUGCUCAAUAAGGCCAUUUAAAGCUUCACGCAUCUUCUUAGCUCUAGCUCGCGUGACUGGACCUCCUUGGGUGUGUAAUGGAUCACAUGACAUAAAGGAGCGAUUCCUUGCACAAAGGCGUUCUAAGUUGCAACCUAGAGGCGAUGGACCAUUUCAAGUGAUUGCAAGGAUAAACAACAACACAUACAAGUUGGAGCUUCCUGGUGAGUAUAAUGUUAGUGCUACUUUUAUUGUUUCUGAUCUUUCUCCUUUUGAUGUAGGUGACGAUUUGAGGACAAAUCCUUUUGAGAGAGGGAAUGAUGGGAAUCAAGAUGACCCCACAUGUACCAUGUCAAGAGAUCCAUUACACAUUCCAGGAGGUCCAGUCACGAGAGCUAGAGCUAGGAAGAUGCGAGCAGCUUUAAAUGGCCUUAUUGAGCAGAUCUGGGUUGAUAACAACAUGCAACAAGUAAAUCAAAGCUUGGAUGAUUAUCAAGGCAUGGUAAACAUCAUUCAGAUUCAAAAGAAGCUUAAUUGAGCAGUGUUGAUGUUUUUCUACAACUGUUAGUAUGAGAUCAAGUGCUGUCAUGUUCACUUUGCUGUAGUUCUCACACUUGAAUUUGCGCUAUUUUGUUUUAAGAAAAGUUUUCCAUUUGGUGGCUGUGUUUGUCUAGAGUUUUGCCACUAUUUUUGCUUAGAUUCUUCUAUUGUUUUGUCUUGAACUUUCUACUGUUUGUGUUCAGAAUUUGUACCUGUUGUGGUGUAGAAUUUAUUUGCAUUUUCCUGCACUUAUCCUUGCUGUUGUCUGCUUUAUUCUACCCAGAAUGAUGGGAAUCAAGUCGACAGCAUAUC